CCCUCCCUCCUCCCUGCAGACCGGUGCAUGUGCAUGCGCGCGUGCUGCAAUUGCAUGUUUCCACGCGCCAAAACUGAGGGGAAAAGAAGCAUUUGGAGCUUUUUAGUGAAUUCAUUCCCGUUUUUUCAGCCAGUAAAAGCCUUUAGAGGGUCCUCGCGGCUGUCACGAGUGGGUUAUUUCACCCUGAGUGUUCACGCGCGUGCUCCUCUCCCUCCCCUCCUCCCUCUCCUGCUGCUGCUGCUCCUCAGCGUGGAGGUGCGUGGACACUACUGGCUGUGUUGUUGCGGCACUGGAUGGAUCUAACGAGCAUGUUUGCGGGUAAAGCCCCGGGCGGAGGGAAAUAAAACCGGACAUUUUUUUUUCUUCUUCUGCUGCUUUUUUUUUUCUUCUCCUCCUCCUUCACCUGCCAAUUGUUCACCUGCUCCGUGACGACAUGUCAAACUCAAACAAAAGCAAGAAGGACAAAGAAAUCCUCGCAGAAUACGAGAGCCAAGUCAAAGGUAAGCUCAGCACCACCUGCGCUUUAAAACCUGCAGCCCUUUUUUCUGACUGUCACACCCAUCUUUGUCACACCUUCGCACAAACACACUGUCACAUCCACACACACCUGUCUGCUGCCAGCAAGCUCUCGUGCCCAUGCAGCCCCGUGCAGGGUGUGUGUGUAUGAGCGUUGACACCUCACUGUGAGACGUCAGGAUUUCUGGGUUCAUCCUGAGUGCUGCAUGGCGCCUUAGGGGGGAGGAGGAGGAAGGGGGGACGGGUUUUAUAGGCUAUAUGUGUUUAUAUGUGUGUGUAGUUGUGUGCUUUAAGGAGACACAGUAAGAAGGUGUGUGUGUGUGUGUGUGUCAGUGUGAGUGAGUGUGUGUGUGUUAAGCAGGUGCCCCUCCAGCUCCAUCCAUCCUACCCAUGUGUUGGUUUUUUACUCUAAAACCUGUGGGUGAUCGUGCCCUCAUCUUCGUCUGGCAGUCUUCUAUUGGUAUUCCUCAGAGGCUGUGACUGCAGCAGUGAGUGUGUGUGUGUGUGUCCUGUCCUGUGUGUCCAUAGAUUACCUGGAGCUAAAGUGGAGGCAUGUUUCAGGUGAUGCUGCUGAAGACACCCCUGAAAUAGUGGUUGCCAUGACCAUGGGACAACCCUCUCUCCUCCUCCUCCUCCUCUUGGCGCCAUGGUUACCACCAUCCCUGCUAUGUUGGGGCGGCGUCGACAAAUCAAAUGACCUUUUUAGUAAAACUACAACAUGCUGCCUCAUUUUCUCUCCUGUGAAUGAUGCCAGAUGAUUCAGGUGCCCCUGCUGAAGAGGCUCAAGUUCAAAUUGUACGACCUUUCCUGAAAACGCCACAAUCAGGGCAGGAAAAAACCCUCUUUCCAUCUUUCUCCUCUCGCCACAUGGCUCCUCACACUUUCGCAUUUCCUUGUCACCUACGCCCACACAUAAACCAUCAUCCCCAUCACUUUCAGCUUUGGAAAAUGCGUGGUAAUGCGCCUUUUACUCCAUGUUUGAUUGUCUUGGCUCAGUUUUUUGAUCUUCAAAUCCAGGCAGCUUCACUCAGAGAUAACUCCCCUCUCUUCUGCUUCACAAAAGAAACAGAUAAAGACUUAAAAUAAUUGGAUUGCAGUUUUUCUCCCAAAACCUCUCCUGCUCCAUUCACAAAUCUCCCCCUCCCUCACCUCCUUCUUCCUCCCUUCCUUUUUUGAACACAAUGAAUCGAUAUGAGUGAUUAAAUUUAAUAGACAGCGUUACAGCCCUCGUGUGGGGUAUGUGUGUGUCUUGUUUACACACACUCAUCCCUAUUUGUAUGUGUGUUUGUAUAUGUGUGUGGCCUUUGCUCUGGCAUCCUGCCAAACCACACUCGGGGAUGCCCUGCAUUGAAAUGACCGCUCGGCUCUGAUAAACCCCCCUUCUCCACCAUCCGGCCCUCUCUGCGCCUCCUGCCAAGCUCCCGGCGUAUAGAUCCGCGUUGUAACUAUGUGCUUUCCAAUUCUGCCUCCCUGCUUCGGCUCCUGAUUGGCCGACGUUGGAGGUGGUGUGUAAUGUAUACACGCUCUCACGAGGGGGUGGGGUCUGCUUUCUGAGGUGAGGUGAGCGGGGAAAGGUAGCAGGGGAGAUGUGUGUGCGCACAGUGCUGACGAUACAUAUUUUAGAGGCUGUGAUAUUUGGAGCGUCACCUCCUUUAGGAAAGUGUGUGGCACCUCCUCUGUCUGCAGGAGACGAGGAAGAACGCCUUAAUGAGGAAAUGUAAAAGAGAAGGAGAGAAAGGAGCUCUGCAGGGGGGGAAAGAGGGAAGAAAGAUGAAGUGUUUCCUGCUGCACUCUGCAGGCUGCCUGGUUGGCUGCAGCUCCUGUUUUUGCCUGCGUAUGCAUGCAGGUGAUCAGUGACCUCACAUCUGUAUACCUGCCAGACAAACAGAAGGGUAGCAAUGAAUGGAUGGCGAGGAGGGUAGGAGAUAAUGAAGUGACUCUUCACUCAUUAAAAAAACGAAAAAGGGUCCGGAGGGCCAGAAUCAAAAGCCCCGCUGGUCUUGAUGAUCCUGCGCUCCUCUGCCCUGUCCUCAUGUCCUUGGACCUGGUCGUCAUGGUAACGGCCACCUCAGGAGGACUGCUACAGCUUCCCAUUGCUGUGAGAGCGCUGACAUAUAUGCACACAUAGAUACUUCUCCAGUGCUGCAACAAUUAAUCAAGCGGAUGACAGAGGAAAAUUUAAAGGGGUUUCUCUUUUUUGUCCGAUAGUGGGUCGGGGUUUUUUGUGUUUUCGUGGUUUAGAUGACUCAUCAGACAGUUUUGGGAUCGCUCCAGCAGGUUUCUCCAGCCUGCAGCAGUGAAACAGGCUGUAAUGGCUGCCGUUUGGGGCACCUGCACCUCCACAGAAAGUUCUUGGUCUGGUCCCUGACAGGCUCAGAUUGGUCUUCUAAGUGUUUGCGUAGACCAGUGGUUCUCAAGUCCUGCAUGUUUUGGAUGUUUCCCUGCUCUAACACACCUGAUUCAAAUGAUCAGCUCGUUAUUAAGCCAUUUCAGAGCUUGAUAACGAGCUGUUCAUUUGAAUCAGGUGUGUCGGAGCAGGGAAACAUCCAAAACAUGCAGGAUGGGUGGGGCUUGAGGACUGGACUUGAGAACCACUGGCGUAGACAGACCUUUUUAUUUAAUGAGAGGACUUUUUUUUAACACCAGAAACAGCCACCUUAUCGCUUUCGUCAGUGCCACCCAACUUCCCAGCUGCAAACUCCGACAGGAUGUAGUUUCACAUACCGAGGUUUGAUCAUUUUGAGCGUGUGGAUAAACCCAGACUUUCCUUCUCUCAGACAAGAGUUGUUUCUUGUCUUUCUUUGGUUCAUAUCAACUAGAAUCGUGCUAUUGUCCCCUUUUAUAUCAACUAAAGUAAUGCUGUGCUAUCAUGAAUACUUUGAUAUUUUAGUAAAUAUGCUCAUUUGCCCUCUUUUCAACAUGUUUGAUGAGAGGAUUUUGACAAGUCUUAGCAGUCAUACCUUAAGCAAUAUGUGCACAAUUGCAUUAGUAAUAGCUUUCCACUGUUUCCCUUUCUGUUUAUAUGCAAUUCAAUGAGAAAAUGAUUCCCCUGAUGCUGGCUACUUGUCGCAGAUGUUCUCGUGCAUCACCUAACAAGACGCAUUUCUCCCACUCUACUGCAUAUCUCUGUUUAAGGUGUUUGGUCAUCCUUCUGCCUGAAGCUGUUUCAGACUUUGAUCCAACUUUGCAGCAGGUUGUGGUUUGUCUGAGGUCUAAGGUUUUAAAACUGACCCAGUUCAUAAAAACUCAUGAGACUGUGGCACUGUUUAUUUUUUGGAUACAAACUUUUCAUUGGUACUUCACGGCAGCCAUUUUGCUGUUGUGUGUGACUAAGUAGGAAAUAAACAAGGGGGAGCUUUAUCAUUAUAGGCCUUAAAUGCCACUCAUAUGUUGUGUGAGACCUAUGGCACAGACACCCGCCACUCACUGGGGUUGCAGCUCCAUUUUAGGGCUCUAAUAACUAGAUCUAAACAAGCACAAAGAACAGAUUGCAUCUGAUAGUGCAGCAUGCUUUGUCAGUAUUUUGAUCUAGAAAAUGGAAAUUAAGUCGUAUGUAGGCGGUGCCUGGUCAAACUGGCAAGUAAUCAGUUACCCAGGGGAAUUGGUUACCACAGAUAUGGAGAGGUCAACCUGCAAGGAGGAUUAAAGGCUGGUGGUGCCGGCUCUACUAAUAGUGGUCACUAGGGGUGUCCCAUUACGAUAUUGAUAUCAGAUAUCGGUCCAAUAUUAGCAAAAAUUCAAAUAUCGGAUUAUAUCAGCCUGCAUCUCAAGUCUCUGAUAUCAGCACUCCAAUACAGACAGUCCAUUCCAGACUCUGCUCUGGCACCUCCACCGAGCAGCACCCGGAUCCAGCAUGUAGAGCCCAUGUGAUCACAACAACAGAGUGUACUAAGGAACUAAGUACCAAGGAGUCAGAGCGAUGUUGGCCCUGUGGAGGUAUUUUCACUAAAGUCUGAAAAAGACAUUGCAGUUGAGAGCAAAACUUGUCAUUCAGAAGUUUAUGCAAAUAUCGAAUCAGUAUCGUUAUCAGACGAUAUUGAAGGCUACAAUAUCGGUAUCGUAUCAGAGGUAAAAAAGUUGUAUGGGGACACCCCUAGUAGUCACACUGAGGGAACCAAUUUGUCAUCCUAUGUGAGACUGAGAUUUUUUCUUACCCAAGACCAGAUGGUUGGUAACCAUUCCAAAAUCAUUUUUAGUGCUGAUUUGUCCUUACUGUCUGUCAACUUUACAAGGGGGCGAAUAGGUAAAGUUGAGGCAGUUUUGUAGCCCCACCUAAUUUUGGCUAGAUGUUCACCAAAAAUAAGCAACUGGGAAAACAAAAGCUGCAUUUUUCUAAAUUUUGAUAAAUCUUUAAACUUUUGGUCUAACUAUAAGAACAAGUGAUAAUGAAAAUGAGCAUUAGUCUCAGCCUUACACCUUCAGUCAUCAUAAACUGAUCGCAGAUGAGCUGUGAGUGGUUGAGAUUUAUGUGAUGGAUCCUUCCAGAAGACAGUUAAUCAAUUAGUCACAUACUGGAAAUGAAGACUGGACCAGUUUGAGAAGACGGAUGGAAGGAAACCGUCAGAGGACAGAUGAUGCAGCUAACGACUAUUAAAAUAUCAAUUAAUUUAACCAUUAAUUUCAGAUGCUGAUUGAUGAAUUACUUCUUAAUGGUUGAGUCCAUUAUAAGAUCCAGACAGCCAAUGAUGUCCUAUUUUGCAUUUUUGAUUAAAGAUCACCGUCAACAUUGGUGGAAUAAUUUUAUGCUUUAGCUGAAAUCAAGUCAACUUGCCGUACAGGAUAUUUGUAUUCAAAAUUCAUACUUUUUGUUGAUGACUGAUUGGUCAAGACAAUUCUUUCUUUUAAGAAUUUUAGGUUAAGAUUUCAUAGAUUUUCAUGUUUUCAGUGGCUCAUGACCACAACUCUGUAAUCUGAUGUGCAAGAUUUGUAUUUAUAGACGUCUUGCCACUCAAAGACUUUUUUUUUUUUUUUUGCAACUCCCCAACCCUUAACAGUGGCAAUGAAAACACAGGGAUCACUGAAAAUGAAUAGAAAACCUACCUUUAACUUAUGAUACUGUACUGCCUGUCCUCAGUUGUUGCAGUUCCAGGAGUCCUUAACAGAUUUGUCAAAAUCAGCACAUUUGAUCAAAUAGUCGAAGGUGCAGAUAGCCUUUGGGCAAAAACCCUCAAGAGACAAGGAAACCUUGACUUUAAAGGUGCAGUCUGAUGAAAAAUAUUCAAUCAGUAAUCUUUGAAAACUGUUUGUGGAUAUUUUCAAGGCUAAAAAUGUCCAGUUUUACCCACAAAUAUAUACCUUUUUCUGCUGUCAUUGAAGCUGCAGCUGACAGUGAAAUUGUUACUUACUCUGGGGUCACACUCUUUUGUUUGUUAUGAUGGCCACUGUGUCAGAUUUGAUGACCGCAGAGCCAUUAAUUUAUUUAUUUAUAACAUGAUUUAGUCGAUGGACCAGAGAGACUACACAGUGGCACCUGACCAAUCAUCACAACCAACCCGAUGAUGUUGUAAUUGGAGCCUCUCCACGGAGACAAAACAAACUGGGCUCUUGUUUUGGAAAGUAUUGAGGAAGGACAUCCACAUUGGGUUUUUGGCCCAAAUCCAAUUUUUCAGACAGUUGUACACUAGAUAUCAGAAUCCUGUCUGUGCCUGGACACUUGAAAAAAAGAUUCAAAGGGAUAAAGAAAGAGUGUGAUUAAUCGUAGCAACCUUCACUUUCCACAAAUACACCAAGACUGUGCCCCUCACACCACCAUCUGAUCUGUUAUUAAGGAUUAUGAGUCCUGAAUUAUUAAAAUGAGAGCUUUAAAAGAGAGCUCGAUUUCCAUUUUUGCAGGAAGAAAAUGAUUAUGAAAGCAAACACUGUUCAAAUAUUCCCUGAUUGAAUCUAUUUAUCAACAAUAAAACGGCUGAGUUGAGCUGAAAACAUAUGUAAGCCCACGACUUCUACUCAGAGAAUCGAUCAUGAAUCAAUAAGCAGAUCAAUGCAGGCGGGGGUAUGAAUAAAAUUACGACAAUUUCACACAACCACAGCUGUAUAAGAAAGGCUUACUAGACGAAUAUGCAACAUGACAACCUGGCAGUUGUUGCAGUUGGAAAAAAUUGAGGAGAAAACCAGAACAGAUUGAAGUUCUUAUCACCAGACAUCCAUCCCCGACUACGUAUGAAAAAAAUCAUGAAACACGCACGGAUUAUCUGACAAUGUCAAUCCGAAAACAUGCCAAACAAGUACUGACAGACAGAUCACCAUUAUGAAGUCAGUUUCGUCAAAAGAUGAAAGUCUAGACGCCCCCGGCCUCACGGUGCCAAUCACAUCAAGGUUGUUUUUGGCAUUGCUUUAGUGCACGUGGUGUUUUCCUUCUGUUGUUUUUAUCUCCACACAUUACAGGCUCCUUGGGAUGUGUUCCAGCUCUCAUAAGCAGCCUCAGACCAGAGCUGUGUACUCUUAAUCUCACUAAUGUGGAGUAACAGAGGUGAUUGAAAUGAAGCCCGUAUAACUUUGCCAAAAGUGGCGAAGAAACCGAUCCAGAGUUAAAGUGACUUUGAUUUCCCCUGAAGUGUAAAGUACCAAAGAUUUAAUGUGAUAAAAGGAGGAUACAAAGACACUUCAUUGUGUUUAAUUUCUGCAAGACACCAUCAAACAAACAGAUUAUAUUUAUGUUUGAAAUAUAUGAUUGAUCUUUACAGGCCUUAUGCUUCAUGACCUUUGAGAUCUCCGGACCAUCCCGGCAGCUAAACGAUCUCUGCAGAGCGUCCAGAUUGAAGCAGACCAGACUAAUUCUUUCUACUUAGCUGCUUUGUCUGCAUGUGUUUCCUCAUUGUUCGGCUGGAGCUCCACUGAUCAAAGCGUUUUGAGUCUUGACGUUGUCGGGGGGUGUUACGGGGACGCGCGAGGAGGUUUCUUAGAAGAAGCGUCUCAGACUUCAAAAGGUAAAGUGCGGCGGGUGUCCUCCUUUCACGUUCAAUCGACUGUGAUCCAAGCCAAGGAGCUUCAUUGAUACUAUCUCGCCUCCUCGGUGAAUCUGCCUGAAUCAUCAUCCUCUCACACACUCCACUGCUGAAACUUACCAUUGUUUUCACCAUCAGAUAAUCAACCGUGAAUGAAGUUGUUUUUUUAUUGUAGAUGUUUUUUGGGUAAAACUGAAAGUAAAGGUGGAAAUCAAAAUACUUUUAAGGCCGCUUUCAACACUGAAAACAAUUUGAGUGCAAACAUAAAGCAUUUUCACCUUCCAAGUCUGCCAAAAGUAAGGCCAAAAUAUCCCUCAUAAUAGAUGGAGAUCUUGCAAAUUUAAAGCCAGAGUUUAUGAAGAAGAGAUUGUUAGGAGGAAGAAUAAACAUACAUUUAACUUAGUGAAAUAACAGCAAAGAUCCCUCAGCUUGGUCCAGUCCACAACAGAGCUAAUUCUUGUUGUGGUUUUGUAUCCAUCUUUGACUACGUGUGACAAAACAUAAGUUUUGUAGGAGCCUUAUCUGUAAAGAGAACCCUGUAAAUCAGGAAAUCAUAUUCCUUUUAAAAUUACUUUAAGAUAAAGAAUAAUAACUUUAACAACAAAAACCAUGAGUUUGAAAGAUUUAUUUUGCAUGUAUUAUGAUUUUACAAUUUGACCCAUGUCCUAUCUGUUAACAUGGAGGCAGGUUGUGACCUUUACUGCAGCCAGUCACCAGGGGGAGCUCUAGAUGUCACUUGCUCUGUAGGAAGCAGGGUUAGUCAUAGUAUUGCAACAUUUCUUUGUAUGGGCAGCUAUUUUGAAUUAGGGUAGCCGAACCCUUAAGUCUACCUUGCUCCUGUAUUAUCUAUUUAACUAUAACAUGUAAAUUUAAAGUGUGAUUUUGAUGGGGUUGCUUGGAUUCCCUCAGUUCUGCAGUAGUGUUGUGUCGUUUAAGAACGAUUCAUUCAAAAGAACCGAAUCCUUUAAGUGAACGUACUGAACCAAAUCACUUCCUCAAGUCAUUCGUUUGAACUGUCAGCAGGGCAGCUGCCAUAGCACGCAGCAUUGUCAGGCGAGCAGCUGGUGAACGAGGGACCACAUGCACUGACACCUGAAUCACUUGGUAAACAAAUCACGCAUUGAACUACACUCUCUGCAAUCAUUUUUGUAGGACAAAACUAACUUUUUUAUUUUUUACUGCUAUAUUUCCACCACAACAACUUGCAUACAAUCGGACACAGCAUGUUACAAGUAGUAGAUAAAACCCACAGCAUACUAGUGUGUUCAGUGUGAAUUCUUCUAAACGCUCAGUGAACGAAUCACUCACUGAGCCCAACACUCUUGUCUCCUGGUCCCAGAAGCUAUGAAUUGAACUGGAUACUGAACCGUUCAGCUGUGUAUCAGUUCAGGAGGUCGGAGUCGCAGGCUCCUCCCACCAAGCACUGAAUGAUUCAGUGAUUCGAUGAACGAAUCUUUUGAACAAAUCUUUUUAGUGAACUGAGUCUAGUGAUUCAGUACAUCUGAAAGAACUGCCAUGCCCAUCACUAUUCUGCAGGUAUUAAGUCAUAGAUACUCGUCCUGUUUUUGUGCUGGAGAAAAGUCAGAGGAUUACCAAAGUGAUUACUGCUCAUUAUUUAGAGAGAAAAUGACUGUUUGUGCUGAUGGAGUAUGUAGUAUUUGUUUAAAUAUUCUCUGCUCCUGGAACAGCUCUGUCUCUGAUGGACGUUUAUGUAAAUGGGAAAACUCUCACAUCAUUUAGUAGGCAUUUAGUCUCUUUGAUGUCGAGUCAGGAAUCCCUGCGGAAAAUAUGAGUCGGAUUUGCAAGAAAAGCAAAAAAGACUCUGCAACUCCAGGCUUCAUGUUUGAUUAGGAGUAUUUGGGUUUCCCAACGCUUAAAUAAAAAGCUUGAGGACCACAGUAUGAGAUAAAUAUCUGUAAAUUUGAUGUGAUAGGUUUGUUUUCAUAGCAGCCAAACAUUGUUGGAGACCUUGUCAAAGGGUCUUAUAAAGUCAUCUUCCUGUUAUCUGAGGAGUAGAAUUUGUCUGUGGCCUCUUUAGGCAUGAUGAAACAGCCACUGACAAAAAUUAUCAUGACUGGGUGGUAUGUCAACUGCAAUAAAACGUUAUUCAUUCUCUCAAAUUAGAAUACAUCUAAAGGAAACCGAUAAAUCUGAGAAUUUGUGAAGUACCGAGUGACAUGACCGAUCAGUUAGAAGAAGACUUUUGCUUUUUUUAUACUUAAUUUUUGUAUAAAAUAACCAACAAACUUUUACUGUUUUAUCCAGUAGCUUAUACAGGGGAUGGCUGCCAGUUUUGCGAGAAUGACAUUUGCUUAUAGCUUUUUGUUUUGGAAAAAUUAAGCAACUUUGAAGAAAGAGAGACAUUUAAACCAGUAGAUAUUUUAGAGUAAAAUACGGAUAAGUGCACAUUACUCUGGGGGUGCUUUCCCACUCAAUUUAUUUUUAAAGGGGGUUUUCUUCUCUCCUUGAUCCAGGUCAUUUGGGUCCGUGAUAUAUAUGACAUAUUUUUUGGAAGUCACAGAUGCUGCAUCCUCUGUUCUUAAAAGGAAACCACCGAGCUUUAUGUCAGUGCAUGGUUCAAAAGUUUGGAUAUACUAUAUGUGAAGAGAGCAACCAAAACACAAAAACCACCUGGAUUAGGUGAUCUUAUUUCACCUCCAAACUUGGGGCCAUUUAUUUGUUUUCCUGGCAUGGGUGGCCUACACAUCUGUGAAUGCUGAACAAUAUCUACAGGUUUGGAAGAAACAUUUGCUGCUUUUUCAGGUUUAUUCUGAUUUAAAGUGAUAAUAUGAUCAGUGUAAUACCAUACAAAUUUAAAUUGUGCCAUUUUUUGAGGAAGUGAUUAUACUGUAAAUGUAUUUGAAUGUUCUCUAAGAUGUUAAAACCAACACUUUCCUCAAUUAUUUCCUGUCCAAAUUUGAACUCUUAUGCUAAGCUAUGCUGACAGGCUAGUGACCAUAGCAACAGGCAUGACAGCAAUAUCAGUCUUAUCAAACCCUCAGUAUUGUUGCUAUGGUAGCAUGAAUCCCAAUAGAGGCGCAACACCAAUUUAGAAGAGUGAUUAAACUGUUACCAUGGGGACCACGCAAACCAUAUUUGGGAUGUCCCAUUUGGCAAACCAACCAAUCAGAUACAAGCAUUUUCCCUGCCUGUGGAAUAAUGUGUUGCAGCAGAGCAAACAUUCAUUUAUAUGAAAGUGUUGCAGCUUCACACACACACACACAUACACUCACAUUCAAGUGUACAUGAGAUGGCAGCCAUUUUAAAUUAGUUAGCAGCAAUAUCAGAAUCGAUACACACACAAACACACACACACACACACAAACACAUGAGCAGUAAUAGAGGGAUGGACUUUCAUAGACUUGUGGGGACCAAAGGCCAAGGCUGUUUUUCUAUAGAGAUCUAUGAAGCGUGUGCUCUGUGUGUGUGUGUGUGUUUGUAUGCGAGUGUGUGUGUGUAUGUGUGUGUAUGUGUGAGUGUGUGUAUCGAUGCGGCAGAUUCAAGCUCUUGUCUUCACCUUCCUCAUCACAUGGUUCACACACAGUGUGUGGUUGCCAAGACAACAGGUAGUGGAGUGGAUAGAGUCCCCUGAGGAUCCAUGCGUGUGUCUGUCUGGCUGUGUGUUUGUGUGUGUAUGUGUGUUUGUGUGUGUUAUCAUUGUGUAUUCUUUACCCCCCUCCACACUCUCUCUCUCUUCUCUCUCUCUCUCUCUCUCUCUCUCUCUGUUCCUGCUGCAGAUAGAUCGAGCUCUGAAACAGCACAGCCAGUGGAGCGUGCAGCCCAGCAUUACCACGCUGACUGAUAGUGUGUGUGUGUAUGUGUGUGUGGUGUGUGCAGGUACAGGAUGUUUAUGCGUGCGGUUGUCUUAAUGCGGUCAGAGGAUGUCGGCCAAGGUGACUCCUCUGAGAAAAAUGGACAGUCUUCAUCAGUAAUUAUUUGGAUUAAAGAGAUCGAGAGCAGAGGUGAAGGGAGGAAGAGGAGGAGAGCUGCAGAACAAUUAGCUGCUCUAAUAAAUCAGUCCAUCGACAGGAAAUUAAAUAAUUUACAUUAACCAAUUUGACAAUUUUUUUUCGCCAAUUAUCAAUAUAACCCACGAAACGUGCUCCACGUGUAGUGUCUCAGAGUGGAAAAUUGAGGCAAAUAUGCAUAUUUUUUCCACAUCUUUAAUUGUAUUUAAAGGGACAAGGCUCCAUCUCUUCAGGCUGAAAUCAUCAACUGUUGGACUGAUGACAAUAACAUUUGGCACAGAUCAUUAUAAUUACCUAUGUGAAUUUUAAUUACUUUGUGUACAAGCCAUAACCUGCUGAUACAAGAGACUGUUUGGUUUAGUUUAUGGUUUUGAACCUGCACAACAGAUGAAAUUCCCACUGGACCCUCCCCCUUUUACAUAUUCUGGAAUUAUUUUGCAGUAAUUAGUUGAAAGCAUGAUCAUGUACCACGGAUCUUUUCAUUUUGAACAAAAUUGGAACCAAAACCCUUGUGGUUUUCCUGCAGAUCACCAAAGUCAUGUUUUAAAAAAAUUAAGAUCAUAAAAAGUCUUGUUUAUACUUGUAAAAGACCUUUUUUUAGUGUCUUAGUCAUGUUUAAAGACUUUUAUAAACACCUGCAGUAUCAAGUUAACUUGUGAUAUUUUCUUAUACUCUGUUUAUGUUCAUUUUCUGGGUCAUUUGGGAGCAUUCAUGGCUGAAUUUACAAAGUCAGCAUAAGUAGCCAAAUUUACAGCAGCUUUUCAUGCUGUGGCAUUGAGAGCAACAUUUAAUACAACAUGUUGCAGCAUUUGAGGCAUUUGCAGUAGCAUUUAUGGCAGAAACAUGGCAGCAGUUUGCAGAGGCAUGUAUGGCAGUACUUGGGUCAAUAUUUUGAUGACUUAUAGCAGCCUUCAUGCAACUUCUGCAACAUUUUAAAGGACUAUAACUGCAUUUAUGGUGGCAUCUAUGGCAGCAUUUGCAGUAACUCUUGGAACAUUUAGGGGAGCUCAUGGCAACAUUUGUGACUUUUGCAGCUGCAUUUAUGGUGACAUUUACUGCAAAAUGUGUGACUAUUACAGCAGUUUUCGUCUUGACAUUUCUUGUAACAUUUGUGACUUUUGCAGCAGCAUUUUGCUGAUAUUUACAGCAACAUGUAUAGCUUCUUUUACGGCAAAAUACAUCAUUGAAUUUAGGGCAGCAUUUAAAUCAUUGUACAUUUACAACUGCAUUUAUUGUGGCAUAUGAGGCAACACUUUUAUAGUAGCAUUUAGGCUGUUAAAAGGUUGGUACUACGGCAGUGAUUUUGGUAACAUUUUUGUUGACUUUUAUAACAGCUUAUAGGACAAUUAACAAUACUCAGAUUUAAAGCUGACUGGUCCCAUGUUUGGAUGUGAGUUUGCUUCUUGACGUGUCAGAGUUUCAUGUUGUUUGCACGUUAUUUAAUGAAAGCAUGGUGGAUGUUUCUGUGUGAUGAGGCUGAGAUCUGAUGAUGCAGAUUUAUAAACGUGAUUGCUGCAGCCAUCAGAUGUCUGCAGAAGAUUAAUGAACUGGUGGGGAAACUACAUCAAACAGUGGACAGCAAGUAAAGCAAUAAUCACGUUUCAUUUGAAGACGCACGCAGACUGAAUUUAUAAAUCCAUGUCUUUAAUUCGACAAAGGGAAUUUCUUUUUUUUGUAGAUUCAUACACAUUUCAGCUUCUUACGCAUUUCUUGCUAAAUCCCAGCACUUGCAGCUGACUGACACUUCAACAGAAACAGAUGUGAUCCUGAGACGUAUUUUCUCCCCAUUAUAAUAUAAUACAACAAACUUUGCUCUGCCUAAUUUAAAUUAACCUCCCACCUGUUUGUCUGUCUCUGCCACCUGUGCUCUCUGCUCUUUGGGCUGGAAAAGUGAAGCUCAAGGUCAAGAUGAUACCAAAGGGUCUGAGCCCAGCCUGCACCCAGUGUUGGAAUAACUUUUGACCUUUUUUGUGGCACCUCUUACAGAUUUAGACAAAAAUGUGAGAUUAUAGAUAUAAGUUGGUGAGGAAACACAUGCGGAUAUGACAAUAAAAUUUUAAAAAGUGGUAAAAUUCUCUUAAAUAAAGACAUGAAUGAGCAAAAGAUGUGGAAAAGUAAAACAGAAAAACGUUUAUUGCAACCAGUUAUGAUAAUGCAUCUUUGCAGAGGAGCUGAAAUAAACAUUUAGACGCUUUAAUUUGUGUCUCAUUUCUGAAGUUUCCUCAGAAGAUUCUACAAGUUUCUUGUUCUCUUUCUUGUUUACUUUUAUUUACACUGUUUUUUUUUUUACAUGUAUUUGCCUUCUGUGUCAAAGAAAAAAGGGUGUAGAUGUACAUUUAAUGAAGAUACGUGUCUAAAGCAGAUCAAUCUGGUAUCUUCGUGAAGGCAAAAGGAAUAUUAAAAAACUAGCAAACAGCCAAAGUGUCUCUCUAACAGAUCAACCAUCUGUGUGUCUUUGUGGUUUUUGUGUUGGUGUAGAUGUGCGAGCCCAGUUGGUGGAGCAGCAGCGAUGUCUGGAGCAGCAGACGGAGAUGCGGGUUCAGCUGCUCCAGGACCUGCAGGACUUCUUCAGGAAGAAGGCUGAGAUCGAGACGGAGUAUUCCAGAAAUCUGGAGAAGCUCGCCGAGAGGUUCAUGGCCAAGACACGCAGCACGAAAGACCAUCAGCAAUACAAGUAAGACUCAGAGUGUGUUUCUGUUUGUGUUUGUGCACUUUUGAGUCAGAGUUGUUUGUAGAAAUUUAGGUGAGGGAGAGUGUAAAGCAGACAGGUGGUUUUGCAAAUUAGAAUCCUGACAGGGUGAGUGAGACCUCAUCCUGAGAAGUAGAAGAAACAUUGUCGCCACACUGUCAGGCAGAUUUAGUGUCACCUGUGAUUUAGGGCUAUCAGCCAAUCAGAAUCAAGUAUUUUUCCACAACCACAAGUUGAAUAAUGAACUUUAAGUUUUCUAUAUAUAGUGUAUGAUGUGCAUGUUUCAAUUCUUGCCCGUUCUUAUGUACUGCGUAUGUAAAUGUCACCAUACCAUCUGUCAUCAGGCGAGAGGCGGGGUGUAACCAUGACAGGUCGCCAGUCUCUCACAGAGCUGACAUGUAUAGACAGAAAAACAUUCAUGCACACACUGAGAAUAUCAGAGAUAUCACUGAUAUUCAGACUGACCAAUUAACCGAAGGAGCAUGUUUGUGGACUGUGGGAGGAAGCCAGGGUACCAGGAGGAAAACCCACGCAUGCACAGGGAGAACAUCCAAACUCUGCUCACAAAGGCCCUUGGCCGGCUGGGGAGUUGAAGCAGGGACCGUCUUGUAACAGUGCUCAUAAGACAAGAAAAUGUUGCUGUUCUUCAUUAUACUGCAGCACGGGGACGAAUAAAUACACCGUACUCUAUAGUUUUCAGUUCAUCACCCUGUUUUCAAGGGCUGCUUGCUGAGUACCAUGCACACAAUGUUCCUAUAGGAUUUUUAAUCCAUUAUGCAUUGACGUCACCCACUAGUGACGUCUUAGCUGGGCUUUAUCAAGUGUUUUUGCAUUGUUGCAUUGAUGGACAGAUACAUUUUUCAUAAAUGCAGAAAAAUCCAUUUAAAAACCAUUUGUAGUGUGGACAUAGUAGAAGUAUAAUGUUGCUUUUCUGUGUGUCUGUUCUGUUGAACCAUCUGAGGGGUCUUUGCUUUUCCUGUAACAUUACUAACAUAUUCUUCUUGUAAGGAUCUCCCAUGUUUGCUUUGUCAUGUAAGCUUUUGGUAAGAAUAGUCUUUUCAGUAAAAAAAUGCAAAUGAUUAAAGGGAGAUGAGUGUUUUCGUUUUAAUUUGAAGGUUUGAAAUCUGUUCAUCUUAUUUAAAGACUUCCAUGUCUUACGUCCAGAAUAACUGUUUUGCCUGCAGACUAAGGGCAGGGAUUAAAAUGGGUCAACAUUAGUAACAAAAGAGCAUCUGUGGAGGCAUGAAUUCACAGAUCAGACCAAAUAAUACAAACUUUGCAUUUAUGAUAGGGAUGCCAAACUGCUGUUGACCCCAAAACCCUUGAAAUAGUGUUAAUGUUACUGAUAAUCAAAUUCAAUUCAUCAACACAUUUCCUUGUUUAAUUCAAAAGUCUCUCUUUUCUCUCUUCUUCAGAAAAGAUCAGAAUUUGCUCUCUCCAGUCAACUGCUGGUACCUGCUGUUAAACCAGGUAUGUCUCGUGUAUUUUUCAACAAAUAACUUUACACUUUUAGCUAGCUAAGAAAAUAUCAUUUAAGAUCAUAAAAGUGUAUUUACAUGUGAAAAAGAAAAACAACAUAUUUGGCAUCUCAUUCUCGUGUUUUACAGGUGAGGAGGGAGAGUAAGGACCAUGCCACCCUCAGCGACCUCUACCUGAACAACGUCAUCACCCGCCUCACACACAUCAGCGAGGACUCCGCCCGCUUACUCAAGAGGGUGAGUCUGUUUUAACGAAUGACAAUAUAUGUAUUAAUGAGAUUUUCAUAACUAAACAAUGAGCCCUUCUGUGACUGAAUCAAGAUCUCUUUGCUGGAUACACUGAGGCAACCUGAGCUACUCUGCAAAACUAAACAAAAAUGUCAUUCAUCAAAACAUCAGAUAAGUAGAAGCAUCAAAUCAUUGCUAUGAUUUACAAAUGAAAAGUGUGAAUAAAGAGCUUUAAUCCAAUAUUACGUCAUGUUAUAAACCUUCCCUGUCAGGAACCAAGGGGAGUCAGCUAAAAUAGAAAUUAAAAGCCAUGAUGAAAUAAACUAUAAUUCUUCCAGAUUGAUGCUUAAUUUAAAAAAUUGUGCCGUUUUAUAACCAUCUGCAGGAUCCACUUUUAGUCCGUCCUUGUUGAGACACUGCACUUACUCUCAGGCUAAAAAAAGGCUCUGACGCAGCACCCUAAAUGACCUCUGUCAUAGACUGUAUUUAAGGUGAUGUUUUACUGCCUAUAAAAACCUAACUUUUACUGUAAAUCUAUAAAAAUGUCCCUGCCGAGGUCCCCGCGUCCCUUCGGCGUCUGCCUUUAAAUCCUGCCGCAGUCUCCAGGAAUGGAUCAUAAAGUCAGACACGGACACGGUCUACAGAAAAUCCAAUAAAUCCUGCUGCUUUCCUUACAUGUUGAAUCUGUGCAGAUAAAAAUGAGUCAUCAUUUAUUGGUAUGUAAUUACAUUAGUCACUAUGGCUCCCAGAUUCAUGAUGGAACAGAGGAGGAAAUUAUGUUUUUAGUGGAACCAACGAGGCAUGGGAACGUUUGGGGAAGUAGAAGAAACACCAGACCAUGAAAGUAUCAAAUAACAAGGACUUGAGUGUUUUCAGCAAAGUAUACUUAAAGCUACCAAUGUCCACUGAUAAAUGCAGCAAUUCUAACUCACAGAACUCUGGAGAUGCUGGUGUCUCAUGGUCUUGGUUGACAGGUAAAGAAGCAGGACUCUUCUACUACAGAGCCAUGCUGUUGUAAUCCCUGAAGAAUGUGGUUUGGCAUUGUCAAGCUGAAAUAUGAAGGUUUUGAAAAAGGAAUUUCCUGGAUGGCGACAGAUGUUGCUCCUAAACUUGUAGAUCUUGUUCAGCAUUAAUGGAGCCUUCACAGAUAUGAAAGCUACCUAUGCAAUGGGGCCUACAGAGUCCUGUAGUGGAAGUUUUAAUGCAGUGCUGCCCGAGGUACUGCAUUAAACCUGACCUCGUUGGAUGUUCCUCCGCCUGUUCUUUUACAACAGAUUUAAUUCAACUUUAUCGUCGGUCAUGCAUCCUUUUAACACAGAAAUAGAUCAUGUGACUGUUUGUCAGAGCUUAAAUAGAUUAAUUUCCCUAAGUAAAAUGAAAGUUUUUCUCUUUAAUUUACUGCUGCUUAUGUAAAUCUGGAGCGAGUACCUCAGCAAAGAUCUUGAGUAGAAGUACGAUCUGCUGUUGUCAGUUUGCCUCAUCUGCAGGCCUCUUAGCUCGUUCACUUUUUCAUGCGUCCUCUCCAAGUAGUCGAGUUGAUUCUAAUGAAAAGUAAAGUCAGAGUUCCCCUGAGGUUUGCUGGAAAGCCUUGCAGUUUAGCAAAUUAAACACACGCACACACACACACACAUAUAUACACAUACACAUAUGUAUACACACACUCACGUGCAGGCUGUAAAGCGCCUCUAACUUUAGCUCUGGUGUUCAUUAUUAAUCCGUCCUCCGGCUCCUCUUUUAUUCAUGCUAACUAAAGUGCAGCGGCUGCCGGCAGCUAUAAACAGCAAGACCCCCAUCGAGUCCCCAAGUCCCCGAGUCCUCUUAGAAACUUGGCUCUGAAGAGGAAGGACGCCACGAAGAGGCAGGCCGCUCUGUGGCCAUGACAACACCGACAGCCCUGUGGUCAUGGCGACAAGCUCAGCUGAUCUUUUUCUCAGCGGGCGCCAUGGGAACAGGAUCCAUCCAUCCUGGAAUCCCACAGUCAUUUAGCAUAAUGUAAUAUUAAUACCACCGCGCGGCCACAUAACUCCUUCCCCAAACUGGAGGGUCUGUUUAAUGUAUGAGACGGAGUCGGGCGGCAGCUCGCCCUGUUUCAUUUAUGAUUGCAUUUGUUUGUGUGCUGUCGGAUCCAUUUAUUUAUGCGCUGCUGUUUGAAGGAUUGCUCGGGUUUCUCUGCAAGAAGAAGGAAAUGCCCAUACCUGUUUCACUCACAUGAGCUGAAAUCCUGGUUUUUGUAAUUACACUAUAAAAAAACAUAAUUAAAAGCUUUACUGGUAGCGUCGAUUCUCCAGAGGAUUCCCUGCUAAUUCUGCUGUAUGUGGCUUUAUGGAGAGAUUAAGCUUAUUGUUAAGCCUUUUGGCCCCCAACUGUACAAUUCUGCUUUACUCUCAGUGCUUUAAAAGCAUUGUCAUGAUGGAGAAAAGCUCUUAAAAGCUGCUAAAACUAAUUAGAUAAAGACUUGAUAUUUCCCUUUGGAGGUGGAGCCCAAAAACAGAGAUAAAAAAAAAGGUAAAUACAGGAAUUACAUCUACAAAGUGUCCAAAAACAAGACUCCAGAUAUCUGAUCACAAAACUCCAGUUCUAAGAGAGUUACAAAGUGUGGUCACAGACGGUAGUUUUUGGGAGUGAUAUUCUGGGCUCAUGCGGCGACUUCAACUACAGAGUGAUACCUGUUUUUAUGCAGAUCAUGACCAUCCAGUAUCAUUUAUCAGCCAUGUCCUUUUGCUCCAAACUCUCUGAAUCAUUUAACCCUUUCAUUGCCAUUUGUAUCAUAUUUGAUACAUACUUUUAUAAUACUUCGAUCAAUCAAUAUAAUCAACAAAUUACUAAAAAAAACACCUUAACACAGUCUGAUAAAUGAUAAAAAUGUCCUCUCGUGAUUUAUCAGUUUCCAAAAACAUCUGAUGUAUCAAACGAGAUAAAUAAAUGUAUUUGUAGAAUUUUAAGGACAUUUUGUUUUUUUUUUGGUUUUCAUCAGUAAGUGAAAUAAACAUUUCAGCUCCAAAAAUUUGAAUUUUCUGGCCAUAAUUUGUGGUUUCAGGCAUUAUAGGGUUAAUGAUAUUAUGUGCAUGCAUCCAUUGACUUCAAACUGAUCAUAUUCUCCUCUUUCUACCUUCUUGCAGAGUAAGGAAAUCAUCUUUCAGCUUCAGGAGGACCUCAUGAAGCUUUUAAACGAGCUUUACACCGUAAGUCAAACAAACUUUUUGCAUCAAUAGAAAAAAAUGUGAACCCGUGGUUUCUAAGUCAGAAGGAACGGAUGUCUAAAAAGGCCUUAACUGAUCCAAAAUAUUCUAAUUUCUGCUUAUCACUUGCACUUUGAGCACCAGUUGGCAAGUAAACCAUGUUAGAAAAAGAGUUGAUAUCUGUGAACUACAUGUAAGAAGGCAAACAAAGCCAAAGUAAGAAGUCUCAAGAGGCUAAGUAAAUGUCAAAGAGGUUUAUUUUGGAGGAAAUGCAGCAGUUUUAAAAGAAAAAUUGGCAGCAGACACAAGUGCUCACUGUUUGUUGUGGUGAAGAUGUUCUUGAACUCCAGGUGUUUGUCUGAUAAUAUUUUUCAGGCUUUUAAAAUAAAAUGUCCAGAUUUUUGUUAUUGUCUGUCAAAAGUCACAGUUUCUUUGAAGCCUUAAAAGCUUCUCAGCGAUCAUUUUGAAGAGGAUCUGAAAACGUUAAAGAGUAAAAACAGUCCAUUCUGGCUUCAGUGAGAUGCUGUUUUCCAGUUUCAUGCACCGUUUGGCUCAGAGGUUGUCAUUAUGGGCUUCUGUUGCCUAGGUGAUGAAGACAUAUCACAUGUACCACGUGGAGACCAUCAGCGCGGAAACCAAACUGCGGGAGGCGGAGCGUCAGGAGGGGCGAGUGAAGGGCGUGUCUGGGACAGGUGGAGGGGUGGAGCCUGUGUUUGGCCUGCGGAUAGAAGAGCGCCAUCAGAGGCGCAACGCCGCCCGCAAGAUGGAGAAGAUGAGGGAGAAGGUCAGUGCAUCGAUGUUUUUAUGUCUUAUGAAUAACAUUUUUUCUUCACUGUAUUUUCUGAAUGGGCAUCAGGUGGUAGAAAUGAGUGUUCUCUUCGUUUUACUCAUAACUCUGUCAAAUCUUAACAAUAAGACUUCAAACCUGUUCACGCCAUAUUUACCAAAAUGUGGUCGAUUUCGGUUACACAGGUCUUCUUCGUUUGUUUCCGCAAGUUUCACAUUCACACAGUCUUUUAUUUGCUCUGUAGAAGUGGAAAUUAUGAAAAUGAGGCUGAAUUGAAAUUAUUACUUUGCAGAUUUAACCAAUAUUUUCCUCAUUUCAUGUCUUUCUCUCUUCAUCAGAGGAAGGCAAAGUACUCUGAGAACAAGCUAAAGACUCUUAAAGCCAGAAAUGAGUAUCUGUUGACCCUGGAAGCCACUAAUGCCUCCGUGUUCAAAUACUACAUCCAUGACCUGCCCGACAUCAUAGACGUGAGUGCGCUUUCCCUCCUCAUCCCACCUCUUAUUUCCAACGCCGUACAAACAUAUUUCCUCCGUCUGUGUCUCAGUGCUGUGACCUAGGGUACCACUCCAGUCUGAGCCGGGCUCUGAGGACCUACCUAUCAGCCGAACUGAGCCUUGAAGCCUCCAGGAGGGCGGGCCUGGAGGUGCUGGAGGGGGCCGUGGAGGGCCUGGACCCCGCCCGAGACAGGCAGCGUCUGCUGGGCCUUUACCCCACCGCCUUCUGCCCCCCACAGCGCUUUGGAUUUCAGGCCCACAUGGGAGACGCAGUCAGUAUAUCUCAUGCAAAAAGCUGUGUUUGAGUUUAGAGCUGGUGGACUCGACUAGAAACUUUUUGCUCUUUUUUAGACAUAAAAAUGCUAAAACUGACAAUCAAAAGUUAACCUGAGUCCUACACUUGAAUUUAGGCACAUGUUUGGGUUUUAUUUACCCUGUGAGAUGAUUUACUAAUUGUCCUGAUGUGUCAUUUCCUCUCAGGUGACCCAGAUCGCGUCCCAGCCGCAAGUCCAGGCUGAGCUGACCCUCCGUCUCACGCAGCUCCAGACACGCCUGGCGUCCCUGAAGAUUGAGAAUGAAGAGGUAAGAAGCUUGGUAUCAUAAGGGAGGAGACAGUGUAGUUUUUCUGCUGUGUCAGCACUGUUUUCAUGAGUCGGCAUGAGCGUCAGUUUACCUGGUCCAGGCUUCAGAUUAAUCCUCUGUAAAGCUUCGAUAUCUUCUCAAGCUUUUCCAGCAGUUAAUCCAACACCCAGUGAGAUCUAGAAACAAAAUGUAAAGCCAACUCUCUGCAGCUGUGUCCAAAAAUCCUCCCUAAUUACAAAGUCUCUCUGUCAUUUUCAUAGUUUUCUCAAAGUUAUGGUAAUUUAUACCAUUCUAAUGGGAGGAUAAUGGAGCAGAUGUAGCCCCUAAAAAUAAACACCCUGAAGCGCCUUGAUGCAGCAGUCUGAGAUGUCCUGUUCUUACCGUCUUAGUUGUCGCUGUUGUUGUUGUGGGGCAGACUGGAGCGCUGUGUGCACAGAGGGCAGCUGUUGACUCACCCUGAAGGGCAUAAAAAUGCUGAACGAGUCUGGAUUAAUGAGCUGCAUCUGCAUGUCUCAGCACCCUACAAACACACAGGCGUAGACACAGGCACGCCCUGAUUAUCAUGUACAAAUAACAACACUUUCACACCAUUAUCCUGGCUGUAAAUACAAAUACACUUUGCAUAUAAAGCAUACGCAAACGCAGCAGCUGUGCUCGAACACAAUUCAUCAUCAGAGAAUGAAACUCCCAACCUUCAACCUUUUAAAAUUCAUUACUCAUAACUGGUGAUCCAUAAAGCUGAAGGGCAGUAAUAAAACAUUUGGAGAUGCUCAAUCGACGUCGUGUACGGAGGACAAAAACAGCCAAAUAAAAAAAAUAUGAAAAAUUAAUUACAUGAUGUGAUACAAAAUAUAUGUCCACUUAAAUGUACAAAAUUUGUUUUUUUGUUCCAUUAAUCUAAUUUAUUAUCAUAUUUUUCAUAUUAUGCUAAUAACCUGUUAAUGUAACAUUUAAGUUUGACUGUGCUUAUCUUAUAUUUGUGUGCAUGAAUGUGAAAAAAAAUUGGUUAGACCACUGAGAAUACACACAAAAUAAACAGCGUGAUAUGAUACAUAUCUGAAUUGUCCAGGCGACUCAUGUAAAAUUCAGUAUGAUGCAAUACAAUACAGUAAGAAAUAAGACAAUGCGAUAUGAUAUGCUUCAAUAUGGUAUAACACAGACUGAUACAAUGACAAUUCAAUAUUAGAGGAUACAGUACAAUUCAGCAUGAUAUGACACAAUACAAUACAGUACGAUACAAGAUGAUACAAGAUGAUACGAAAUGGUAUAAUAUGAUAUGGUUCUCUACUGUCAAAGCAACUUAGGUACAAUACUAUAUGAUACAAUUUAAUAGAAUACAACAACAACAUGACACAAUAUGAUAUGAAACAAUACGACAUGAUAUGGUAUGAUACAAUAAAAAGUUGAACAGUACGUUAGGUACACUAUUUGUAGUGACUACGCUGACCUGAAUUUUUGUCACUGUCCUGGUGCGAGAGUGAGGAGUUUUUGACGCGCUUUGUACAAUCCAAUGUCCAAUCCAAGGUUGCUGUUGAGUUAUAUUUUUGCCAUUUAUUGAUUAAAUAAAAAACAAACAAAAAAGACAGAAAUGUCCAACUUACUAAGAUGGUGAGGUUCGUAAUGAGGGUGAGAGUGGUGUCAGAGAUUAGUUGUAAAAACCGUGUGCUCUUCCCGUUCCCUAGAUCACUGCUCCGCCUGUGUCCCUCUGUAGCAUUUACCUGUCCAUCCACCUGAAGUGCCCCUUGUGGUGAUUGUACGAGUAACAAAACAAAACCCAAAAAAUAGUUUAGAUAAAAUGGCUCAUACACUAUGAUAUGAUACAAUAAGACAUGACAUGAUGAGAUAGGUUUUGAUACAAUAGCAUAUGAUACAAUACUGUACAAUAACACACAAAACAAGCCCACAAUAACCAUAACAGUAUAGCAUCCUAUAGGACAGGAUCAGUAAAACACAAGGUGGAAAUAUCGCUUUGAAUGCAGCUCUAGGCUUAUAUAAAUGAAGUGUCAACUAGAGAAACAUUAAUAGAAGUCUUUUCCAGUAUAAGUCUAUAUUCUGUCCUCUGCAGGUGAAGAAGACCUGGGGAGCAACGCUCACCACCCUGCAGGACAUGACGGUGCUGGACGACUACGACGUCUCCCAGAGUUUCACCCACAGCCCGUCCUCCGAGUCGGUUAAAUCUAGCGUGUCGGAUGGUUACUUGAACAAACCGAGUCUGGCGAAGAGACGGGCCAACCAGCAGGAGACGGAGCUCUUCUACUUCACUGUGAGACAUCAGCAGCACAUGUCUUGACUUUAUGUUAUAUGGUGAUAUGUUUCUACCCUUGAACCAACACUUGAUACUCCUGUGAGAGGAACAGUUAUUCAGUAGUACAUACAGUAGAAAGAGUAGCAAUAUUCCCUAGUUUAGCCAAGAAAUACUGCUUCUCUUUGUUGAUAAGUGUAUUGGCAUGUCUUUGUCAUGGUGGAAAAGGCUGUCAACAAACACUUAUUGCCAUUAGUUGAGUGUGGUUCUAGUUCAGGCGGGCCACAUGGUCAAGCUAAGUCCACAAAAAAAUGCUGACAAAAAAGUGAGCAUUGUUCAUACAUAAACCCCAUUCUCCCAAGUUCAUUUCCCCACAAAAUGAUCAAAAACAAAACAGGAAAGGACAACACUAGACAAGGAAAGACAAGACAAGAAUAAUAAAACGAAAAUAAUGCACUCAGAUCCUGUUGUUCAGGCUAGCAAACUUUUUUUUUUUUCUGAAUUCCUUCUGAAUAGGAUAAUAGAUGAACUCUGUUUUUGUUUUUUUCUGUCCGUAGAAAUUCCGCGAGUAUCUGGAAGGGAGUAAUCUCAUUUCCAAGUUGCAGGCCAAACAUGACAUACUGAAGAAAGCCUUAGCCGAGGGUAAGACCUUCAUAACCGCUCCUUGACUCUUCGUCUGCCAUUGAUUUUAUAUCUCAGACUGUGAAACACAUUCAAAUCUUCUGUCUUUGUGUCUUUCUUGUAGGAUACAAAGCUGACCUGCUGACAACCAGGUAUUAUUACUACAUAUCAAAGCACAGAUUUUAUCCUUCAACUUAAUAAUAAGUCUUGCUUGCCUUCCCACCACUUAACUUCUUUUGAGCUCCAUGAAACUGAGAUACCCCUCUUUCUCGUUCUGCUCAUUACAGUCGUGGGCGGAAGAACUCCCACAGCAAGCACCAGGUAGAGUUUCACUUUCACUGUCGGGCUGCAGGUUGUUUCUCUGUGGGUUUGUGCCGGUAAAAGGAUAUAAUUUCCACUUGUGAAGUCUUAUUGAUGCUCCUAAACUUAUAUUGUAUUGUUGGAAACUCAUUUAAAGUUUUUUGUUAUUCAGUAGCCACUAAAAUACAGAUGAGGGAAAAACAAGCCUGCAAAUGUUCAUCUUGAUAACUUCAAAUACCAAAGCUUAAGGAGCAAACAGUUUAAUUUACCCUGGGUCUUGCCUGUCAGGCUACUAGGGGCUACUUUGUGCUACAUUCUGUGUAUGAAAAGUGCUUUAUAAAUAAAGUUUCAUUGAUUGAUUGAUAAUACAUGAUACUGUGAAGGGUGCAAGCUUUACCUCUAAUCUAAGAACCCUGCAAUGCAACUCAGGGUAAAAAAGUCUGUUAUUAAUGUUAAAAUCUUGACCUCAGACAUGAAUUCAGUAAAUAAAGUCAAAAUGAAUGAAUAUCAGACCCUAAAUGAAAAUUUCAUGGUUGUAUUUACAGGAUUCAACCAAAGCCAUACCUUUGCUUGUGGAGAGCUGCAUCCGCUACAUCAACCUACAUGGUGAGUCUCAACAUCUAGUUUUAUUAAACUCGUGAAAAAAUCACAACUACUGGUGCAGUAUGCUACAAUACUAACCAAAACAAUACAACAUGUAUGUUGUUGAAGCUCAAACAUCCAUCUUUCCCACCAGGUCUUCAGCAUCAAGGAAUCUUCAGGGUUUCAGGGUCACAGGUGGAGGUCAAUGACAUCAAGAACUCCUUUGAAAGAGGUAAAGACGCCUCCUGAAAGCGACUUAACCAACACCUGGAUGAGGAUGUUGUUAAACUUGUCAAGUCUCUCCUUCAGGUAACGAUCCGCUGAUUGACGAGGAGAGCAACCAUGACAUUAACUCUGUCGCCGGAGUGUUGAAGCUUUACUUCAGGGGUUUGGAAAACCCGCUGUUUCCCAAGGACCGCUUCAAUGACCUCCUCUCCUGCGUCCGUGAGUUGCACUGUUUAUUUUAAUGUGCAUCCAGAACUUGUGUUUUUUUUGUAACUCUGUCUGACAUAAAUUAACAUAUUCUGUAUAAAUCCACCUAAAAAUGAGAGAAAACAGAAACUUCAGAACUAGCCUGGCUGGGCCAUCCAGUUGCGUGAAUCACUUGCCGUUCCUUCCCACAACAGUCUGGACUUCGGCCACUUGGGAGCGUGUAUUAGCGAUCAGAAAAUAACCGGGCCAAUCAGUGACUGUGUUUCCACUGUUCUCCGGACAACAGGGAAAGGCAGCCCCUCGGCAGAAAUUGUUUAUAUCCGCAGAAGAAGACGUAAAAGACAUUGUUUGCUCGCACACGUUGAAAUAUUACCAAACCUUUACUUGAUGCUUGAGAGCCCAGCAGGGAACACAGUUGCGCACUGUGAUGACGUCAGAUGUUUGGUUACGGUGAUUGGUUACAGUAGUCUGUCUAUCAAGGAAAGUACUCCCGCCCACUUUUAGGGCUCCCAAGUGGCCGAAGUCCAGACUGUUGUGGGAAGGAACGGCAAGUGAUUCACGCAACUGGAUGGCCCAGCCAGGCUACUUCAGAACUAGAUUGACACCAGAGUUGGAAUCAAGUGAUCAAAACUUGAGUCCAAGUCUAGUCUUGAAUCCUUCUGGGUGUCAAAUUGGAGAAGAAUCAGAAUCAAGUUUAAUUCCCCGCUACAUCCCAGUCUUUGUCAAGCCCUCAUGAUCAGUAUUAUUCAUUGUUGACAAACAGGGUGACACUUUCACUCCAGACUCUUGACUUGCACGACUAAAACUGAUCCCUUUAAAAAAACACUUGACACUUGAACAGUUGUGCUCCUUCCUCCUGCACAUGGGCUGCUGCCAAGAAUUUCAUUAAAGAAGUUAAAGUAGUACAGACUUAAUCCUGACUGUCUUCAGCCCACACACUCGUUUUUCUUCUCCAUUUCUCAGUCUUUGUUUCUCUAAGUGUCUCUUUGUCUUUCUGAAACUCAUCGCCUCCUUGGCAGAAUUGCGGAGCUGCUGCUUCCCCUGUUGUUGCCGUUCUUCUUCUUGUUGUUUUUCAGGGCGUUUUGGAGACCUCUUGCAAUAUUUCAGGGGCUUUAUGUUGUGUUUUUUUUUGCUGCAGGAAUCGAGAACAUGUACGAGAGAGCACAGUGCAUCCGUAAGAUCCUUCUGGGAGUCCCGAGGGCGACGCUGGUGGUGAUGCGUUAUCUUUUCGCCUUCCUGAACCAGUGAGUAUCUCCUCCAGUAAAACCAGGCCCUCACCGUUAAUGAUAAUCACCCAUUUCUUUCCAUUUUUCCCUGAGCUGUUUCCCAUUAUUCCACCUGUUUUUAACGCUGAGGAUAAACCUCUCUUGUAGUGAAGGGUGCACUUACUGCAUGUGGAGAUAAAACAGAUCUCAUUUUGACACUGCAGCCUCUCAAAUAAAUAUAGCAUGAGGCAGAGCGACGAGGGAUGAAGAGGAGGGGAGCUGAGUGUGAUGUGCAGGUGUGAUGUACCCGCUGAAUCUGUGCCUUUAUUAGCUUCCCAUGAAGUGCGUUCAGCCUCAGUGUUAUUAAAACAUGAUCCUCUCUGUUUGGGAGAGUAAAAUCAUUUCUAUUUUCAUCAUUCUUUUAACCUCCAGAUCCUGUGAAAGCCGGUGGCAACGUCCCAAGAAGUGUUUUAAGACCGGUGAUUUAUUCUGACACACAUUUAUGAGCAAUAAUCCGUCUGCCAAACACAAAUUAGAGCAUUACGUAAUGAGCUAUGAGGUUGUAAUUGGCAGGAAGUCAGCGGAAUUGUUUGCAGCAGAAAAGAGAAAGAGGGAGUUGUUUCUGGAGAGAAAGAGGAUUAACGGUGUUGAUUUCUCUGAGACGGUUUCUCCUGUUUGCCUUUUUGUCUCUGUAGCUGUCUGUCAAUAUUAAGAAUCAGAGUCACAGGAAGAAAUAAGGAAUUUGUUCGUGUAUUUAUGCAGAGAGAAAAGUAAAGCUUCCAUGUGGAAUUUUCUUUUUUAAUGAAGUCGUCAAAAUUGAUAUCAAGGUCUUUUUAUGAUCAACGAAACAGUCUGUUUUUAUAUUUGUAUAUGUUAAGAUAAGAAGAGACUGGUAUGUCUACAGGGGACGCCAAAGUAAAGAUUUAUAGAGACGCACGCCUGAGAUUCUGUCCUGAGACUGUCAGACUGCAAAAGGCAGACUAGUCCAGCCGCUGCAGGUUGGACGACUAAACCUCUUUAAAUCAGCUGAGACAACAACGUCAUAUGACUGUGACGAGAAAGACUGCAGGAGAAGAUUAAGUUAUUCCAAAUCCUUUAUAAACACAACAUAUUUCGUGAUGAGAAAACAUAUUUCAUAAAGCACAAGACAAUUCGCAAAACACAAAAAUAUUUAAUGAAAUACAAAGCAUUAGGGAAAAGGACAAUUGAUUGAUGAAAAAAAUAUUAAACAGAUCUGAAAAUUUUAAACAAGCUGAGACAUCAAAAAAAAUCAUGCUUUUGUGUGCUCUUUUUCAAUUUUCAACUUAUUUUGGUGUUUUGUUAGUUGGUUUUUUUUUGCAUUUUAUUAUCUUUUUUUUUUUGCUUUGAAUAGCGUUUUAUGGUUUUCCAUUAAGUAUUUUUUAAUUCCUUAAAAUGUUUUUUGCAUUGUUUAAGUCAUUGGUAUUUUUUUCCUGAGGUGUUUGUGUUAAAAAAAAAGUGUAUGCUCUUUUUUCAAACAUUUUAGUUUUUUAUUUAGCACUUUUGAGUUUUGUAUUUUUCCACAUUUUCACAUUCUGUGUGUCAAUGAACUGUUUUCAGUGAAAUGUUUUUGGGUGUCAUAAAGUGUUUUUAGUUAAAGUGAAAAGUAUUGAUCAGUCAGUGAAAUGCACAUUCAACUUUAAAUCGUCUUGUUUUGGGUAAAAAUAUGAAUUCCUCUGAAAACACUACAAACAUGCAUCUGUCCCUCCCCUCCCUGCAGCCUGUCCCAGUACAGCGAUGAAAACAUGAUGGAUGCUGGGAACUUGGCCAUCGUGUUCGGCCCCACCCUCUUACCCACACCUGAGACGCUGGACCAGGUGGCCUGUCAGGCGCAUGUGAAUGAGGUCAUCAAAACGGUCAUCCUGAACCACGACAACAUCUUCCCCGACACCAAGGAGCUGCCAGGACCGGUUUACGAGAAGUGUAUGACCGGGGAUCAGUACUGGUGAGAGUCAGCGAGUUAAACUCUUCAUUUAUAUUCAGUCACUUCUGAUCAGAUUUCAGAUCUCAUUACAAUAUCCCUAAUCUGUUAAUACUCAUCUGUGCCACCUUUCGCUGAGACCGACCUCCUGGACUCUGGUUUUUAUUUAAAGUUAGGUACCUAAACCCAAAGCUGGCUGGUUCCGGGGCGUUAGGGAUAAAAUAUUCUGUGUGCUCCUCUUUUCGUUCCGGGUGACAUUUAAACCUCCAGGAAAUUACAAGAUAUGAUCUGUAAUAGACACGGACAUUAAGCAGUACAAAGACAAAAGAGAGAGGCAAAUCCUCGCCCAGAGAGCUGAAAAGGAAGCAUAGAUUCUGUGAGAGGUGGAUUUAAUUAAAAAAUAGCACAUUUUCUUUGAAAUUAAAAAUAACUUCACAUAGAUCAUUAAAAACAAACAAGGAACAUAUUAAAAUCAUCUAGUUUGGCUUAAAUUUACAGAAGCUGUAACUUAAAGCCAAACUGGCUAUUGGUAUCUUGAACUGUCAGUCAAAAACACAAAUGCGCCAGCUCUUAAGCAGCGCUGUCCAAGAUACUUUCUAAGAACUGCAUUCUUCCAAUUUGAGGCAAAAAUUCAGGCUCAACUUACCCCGCUCCUAUGGUCAACUUACCCCAUACACGGGGUAAGUUCACCACUUUUUUUUUUGGCACGCUAUAUUAUCCAGACAGUUCUGUUUACACUCAUUCUGUUGGUUUGCAGGGAUGCUCAACAUUUUGAAAUAUACACAGAUACACUAGUUAGAGACAAAACUAUGAUUGUCUCGAUGUAGUGAUUCGAAAUAUGAAAAAAGACUCAUCUUACCCCACUUUCCCCUACAUAAAUAUAUUUCUGUAGAAAACACUGUUGAAAAAAUACUGCUAAACUUGCCCCAAAUUAUGUCGUUUUUUAGUCUUCCAAUAGUUUGUUAUGAAUGCACUGAAAGCAUGAACUACUUUUACCUAAUUUGGUACAUCUUCAAUUUACAAAGUAUUAACUGAGUCGGGCUCAUAUAUUGCAGUUCAAGUUGUAACUCGAAGUUUAAUAAUGCCCCAGAGCGCUGUCAAGAGUUGAGGUGGAGAGUUUCAGAAUUCCUGUGGAGACGCGGGUUUGAGGUGUCCAUUUUUUCUAACAUAUUAGACUCCUGGUAACCAAUUAGAAACAAGUUUUUCCUGCAGUUUUAGACUGAAAUCUCUCCAUCUAGAGAGCCCCUCCCCUCAGUCUGUUUCUGCGUACAGUUUGUGCUCUUCUUCUUCUUCUUCUUCUCCUUCGAUCAUAAACCAAACUCUGACACUCUGCUGUAGCUGCAUUGUUGCAUAAACGUCCUCACUCUCUGAAUAGCAGCCUUGUCUCCAUCUGUGCAUGCGUCCUCCUCCCUUUGUUCCUCUGCUGAAUGGACAGUGUGUGUGUACAAGUUUCAGCGCCUCACAGCUCUCUUCUUCUUCCUCUUCCUCCCCCCUGCAGCGAGAGUCCAUUCAGCGAGCCAGGGGCGCUGGAGGAGGCCGAGCCCGAUGGCGGCACCGAGACCCAGACCAGCGAUGAGGGUACGCCUGACCCCUGACCUUCACACAAUCGCCCCCACAAUCCUAUCCCUCCGUCUCCUGGUGGAGAGAGGUUGCUACGGCAACAGCAGCCAUGGAGACAUCUCACACUCCCUCCCUCCUCACCCUCCUUCCUCCACACCCUUCCUCUUUAUAGUGGAAUUAAUAGAAAAACCUCCCUCUGAUUCUCUUUUCUGAUUGGUUGGAGAGGAACUCCACAGAGACAUUUGAUUGACAGGUUCAUGUUCACCUCCAUUUCCAUGUCUGGCUCUUAUCUCCGUCUCCUAUCUUCACCUUCCUCCCCCUCUUUUAUCGUCCUCUCUCUCUGGCAGAGGGUGAGGCUGUGGAGGCGGUGGCAAGGUUCGACUACGUGGGCCGGUCGGGUCGCGAGCUCUCCUUCAAGAAGGGAGCGUCCCUGCAGCUCUACCAGCGGGCAUCACAUGACUGGUGGGAGGGGCGGCUCAACGGCAACCAUGGCCUGGUCCCUCAUCAGUACAUCGUGGUGAAGGACAGGCAAGUGUAGAGAGUUUCUUAAACACAUAAAGGUGUUUCAGUUUGGGGAUUCUUAAAUUAAACUGAUAAAUUGACUAUUUAACAAUUUAUCUUUAUAUUCUUAACACCUGAUUCAUUGAAAGCCCUGUGAGAAGAUUUCAACUGGUUCUGAUUUUUGUGGCCUCAUCAGGACCUACAAAAGCAAACAGAACCAUUAGUUCACACGGGGCACCGACAUUUACAUUCAGACUGUCGCAAUAUACCAGUAUUGGCAGUAACUGUCUUUAGAAAUAUAAAUAUUGAUAUCAUGCUAGUGACAUCUUCACAGUAGCUGCUAAGCAACAUAAAACAAAGAAGAAAUUGCAGCUGUAAGUGAGCUAGCAAGAGCAUACCUUUUAGAGACAGCUUAGCACUUUUAAUAACCAAUAUUUAAAGAUUUCUUGUGGAUCCAAAAACAAUAGAAGAGCUUGAGCCUCUUCAGGUUACUUUUUAAUUGAAUUUGUAAUUUCUCUUUUGACUGCUUUCAUUCAGUUUCAUAAAUUAGGAUUGCAGAAAUUAUGUCAAAAUAGAAGCAUGAAAAACAGUUGUUUUAUGAAGCCAUGUCUUCUUUCGAGAUGUUUCAGUCCCAGGGCUGGUUGUGUCUCUAAAUCAUAAAUUUGAGCACUAUUAGAAAUGGAUGAGAGCAUGUAAGUUCAGUUUAUAUAUUAGUAAAGUUUAUGAAGAAAUGAGUUGCUCCGUCCUUGUUUACCUUCCUCAAUUUUUUGAUUGUGUUGUUUCAUUUUCAUUUUCCAUAGAAAUGUAAUAUUGUUACUGCGAUAUUUCAUGGCAUCAAUAAUCAUGUGGUGAAAAUCUGAUAUCCUGACAACCUUAAUUUACAUAAACUGUGAAGUAACCUGAAACACUAAUAUCUGUAUUUUUAGACUCACGGUGCUGAUGUUUUUACCCAGUGUUAAAAUUUAGAUAGACUGAGUAUGUGUUUCAUUGAGUAUGCCACCAGAUUUGGCUUUUUCUUAUUCUAUAAAGCUAAUCCAAACACAUUACAUCCAAAAAGAUCCACAGAUUACUGCAUAUCUACAAAGACUGUUUGAUCUUCCUCAAGCUGUUUACAAUGCAUCUUAUCAUGCACCCUUUUUUUGGGGUUAUAAUCCAGGGAAAGCUUCAUAAAUAUCUUCAUGUUUACAAUAUGUAAAUGUUAAGCUGAAUUAAACAAAUAGAGUAUGUAUGGUUACUGGAUCAUUAAACCAUCUAAAUGAUUUUGUUUUAAAGCAAAUAAAGCUCUUAAAAACCCACAAAUAAUGAUAGAUAACAGAGUUAAAGCUUGAAAGGCUGUCUUUAAGUUCUCAUUAACUUUAGUGGCUCAUUUGAAUCAUUGACGAGCCGCACUGAUGGAUGUGAGUGGAUUUGUGGCCGACUGCGCUGCACACCUUGUUGAUUAACGGACUUCAUGGACUGAGACACUCACUAACCACAUGCUAUUGAUCACUUAAUUGAUGAUUGGUGUGUUGUGUUGGUUCAGCUCUCCUGCUCUCACGCUGAUUUGUCCUGAUUGAGAGUGUGUGCUGUCUGUCUUCAGGACUGACGCCAUGUCCGACACGCUCAGCACCAAGGCAGACAGCGAUGGAGGAAGCAGCAGCACUGAUGACAAGCGGUCAAGGAGUGAACUGAGCUCCCCGACCGACAUCAGACCACCAGAAACCUAUAACAGGUCUGUCAUGUAAGGCACGGCAGAAAAAGGGAGGGUUUGUUUCUGCUGCACGAAAUGUAAAAACCAUUUUACAGCUUGUUCUCUCACCUCUAAAAAUACCUGCGAACGUCAUCGGAGUGUCAUCACAGCUGCUUCUCAUGUGACUCAUUUCCUUCUUCAGACACACAAAACCCAAGUAUAGAAAGCUAAUGCAUAGAUGGCACACUUUAUAUCUUUAAAAACAGUUUCUUACAUAUAAGGCCACAUAAAAUAUUAAAUGAAAGUCAAUUACUGAGGUAUUUUGGUGUCUAAUUGACUAAAAGGUAGGAAAGUUUUGGAGUAAGUACAUUAUUCGAAUACAGAGUUUUUGCUGCUACAUUUUAAAAUCUAUUCUUUAUAAUACAGACUUUUUUAUAUAAGAGGUUUAAUGGCGAAUGAAUACGUGAUGUUUUGGAGGUUGCUUCAGCCUGCAGCAGGGAAACAGACUUUAAUGGUUAUAGUUGAGGAACUGCUAUAACAGCCUCUCUUCUGUAAAAAAACAAACUAACAAAGUCUGAAUGACUAAAAAGAAAAAAGAAACAGUAUGGAAAGUUAAACAAACAGGCUGUAAUGGCUUACACAUCAGUAUUGCUGCUUUAUUAUGAUCUCCAAACUCUAAAUUUAUUUACUUUUUGUUAUUAGGGAGUGUUGUACAGGCUACUUUGGGUCUGACCAAAGGAUCCUAAACUUCCUACUCAGACUUAUGUGGAUUUAUUUACUCGAGCCCGACCGAUUUAUCUGCGAGCUGAUUAAAUUGGCCAGUUUUAGCCCGUUUGAGACUAAUUGGUAAUCGGCCAAAACUUGCCGAUUUUCACCGAAAUUUUUUUAGAAAUAAAAUGCAGAGAAUAUGAUUCGAUUUCACUUCAAAAAUAUUCUGCCAUUUGAAAAGUCCCCCGACUUAUCCAGUAGAUGGCGCAUGAGAUACACAAUAAGUCAACAAGUUUCAGUUCAACCCACUUCACCAUGUUUCCCGGUGUGCCGGUCUCAGUCACGCUGAGUUAACGGUGAGGCACCACGUAAUACGCAAGCUAAAGGUAGAGUUAGCCAUCUGCCAUUAGCCUUGCUACACUGUUAGCCGUGUAACGGUAGAAUAAACAACAGCACACAUUACAUGAUCGAGCUACUUUCUUGCUGAGGCAGCUGUAUGUCUCCAGAUGAGACUGGACCAGAAAUGAGUAACGCGAGUUAAGAUGCAGAGGCACCGAUCGGGGGGGUGUACUGUAGACAUCUACAGAUAUCUACAGUAUAUAUAUAUAUUUUAUAACUUAAUAAAAAAAAAUUUAAAAUCGGCCGAUUGAUCGGCAAUAAAAAAAAUUUUCCCCCCUAAUAAUCGGUAUUAGCAUUGGCCCCAAAAACCCAUACCGGUCGGGCCCUAGUAUUUACAUUACCAGACAGAUAUUAGGAUUAUAUGCAGCUGUUUAAGCCCGCUUCAUGGCUGCAGGCCGAAGCUCUCUCCUGGAGUAGUUCCCAAACUUUUAUCAAGCUGUUCAACAUUUGGACACCAGUGUAGGACCCAGGCUGGAAAUAUCACUUUUCUUCUAUCAGCUGAAGCAAUCCAAAAAGAAACUUGCCUGCUUAACCAGCCAAAAACCCUCAUCUCUGCUCACAUCGCGUGCUCAAGCCAGUUUCUGUGCUCUCAGAAGCAGCCGCAAACCUCCCCAGCUGACUGCAGCUUUUUUGCAUCACUACACUGAGCGCUGAGCUGGCAUGCCAUCAUGUAUGUGGAGCUCUGCUGCAUAUUUAAGAACCUCUGAAAGUUUCUGUAUUUGAUAGGAGUUGACUGGAGAUGUUUCAAAGUGGGGAGAGGAGUAAAAAUAAACCUCUAUUGUUCAAGCUCUUUCAGCUUCCCAGCCAACUGAUGAAUACCGCUGUUUUAAUGUCUCCAGGGCGCUGUCUGCACGCUUUUGGACGCUUUUGCACGCCAUGUACAUAAAAAUGGAAUUAUUGUGUAUUAAAACUGGGUCAUGAAACAGUUUGAAGACAGAUUUUGUAACUUGCACUUUGUCUACUUUGGCAGCAAGUUUGUGAGAUUUGUGGUGCGUAUUUUAAUAAAGUGGUGAGCUUAGUUUUCCAAGUAUGAAAAGGAUUCAUCAUAACCUGCAGAGAGUCUGAACUUUUUGCCUCUAAAACAGACUUAUCUUGAGUGACUGUGUGUUUGUCCUCUCUUUUAACAGUCACAGGAGGAAGAGAACUGACGGUUUAUUCCGCCGCCCCCUCGGUCGCUCCAACGACAGUCACUGCCAUGGUAACGGAGGCGUGAUGGAGCGGAGUUCCCCGCCAGUGACGGGUCACUUCAGUCCCAGGGAGCUGCUGCUGGGGCGUGGGCAGGGCAUGACUCCGCCCCUCGACAGCCCGGAGCGCCGCCGUCGCUCUGCUGCAGCCGUGACCAUGACGGUGAGUCGACAUGAUUCACUCAGGAGGCCGGAGGACACACCCAUCCGGCGCUCGAGCAGCGGGCAGCACGGUUUCAGCGACUCCCUCCGAUCUAGAGGGAUGGAUCCUGAUACACUGGCACAGGUAAACACACAGGCGGGCAGAACACACCUCCCCUCUGUUUCAUUUGUCCAUAAAAGCUGCAUCUUCACUCCUCCUCUUCCUCACUCCUCUCUCAGGACAUCGAGGAGACGGUGACGGUGGCUCUAGGGGAGCUCAGGCAGCUGGAGCGGCAGGGCUGUCGGCCGGCUCCUGACGUGGUGCUGGACACUCUGGAACAGGUGAAGAACGGCCCCAUCACCACCUGCUCCUCCGAGUCUCCCUCCCCCCACAGCACCCCGAGUACACCCGGGACCCCUGGGACACCUGGCACCCCUGGGACUCCUGGCACCCCUGGUACACCAGGCACCCCAAGCCCCCUGAGUCCUCUGAGCCCCAUCAGCCCACUCCCUGGACCUCCGCCUGGACCUCCAAGGCCGACCAACCCUUCCCCUGAUGCCCUGGGUUCCUUUAAACCCGUCGCAGCUGCCCGAAUCGGCGCUCCCUUGAGGCCUCCUGCUCUGCGUCCCAAACCCGUGGUCCCACCCAAGAGCAGCACCCCACCUCUUCCUUCGCCGCUGGACAAAUCCUGCACCAUGUGAGCCAAACCAGGCCGAUUGUAAAAGGCCAAAUCAGGCCUACCCGGGCCAAAAAUGGGCCAGAAGAGGAGAUCAGGGUACUGCUUAGUGUUUAUAAUCAAAACAUAUGAGGGUAGAAAGGGUAGGAAAGACAAGAAGGGUUUUAAUGUAGUAAUAACUAUAAUAUAUGACAUGACCUAUGAUAUGAUAUGCCAUGAUAUUUAUGUGUCGUCAGGUUGGUGUGUACUCUCUUGGUGUGUAGGAGUUUACUUUCUCCAUGUAUCGAAGCAUUUAUCAAAAGGUUAGCUAAAAGAACUGCUGAUAAAGAGACACAGGAGCGAGCGUGGGCGGAGUGAGCGGAGCUUCCUGUCCUGUAUAUGAAGAAAGAAACGUGGGGAGUGUAGUUCAGCUCCAGUAAAAAUGUAGUUUUAAGUGACGUGAAUGUUGGCUGUACUGUCAUGACGGUAGAAGAAGAAGAAGAAGAAGAAGAAGAAGAAGAAGACGAAGAGGUUGAUGAAGGGGUUUUUUAGAGACUAUCACGAUCGGCUGCUGUAUCUAUGAUGAGAGACUCGAUGAAGAAGAGAGGACACAAAAAAAACAACGUCUCAACAAUAUCUGUGUGACUGAUUAUAAUUUAUUUUUCUAUUAUGUUUCAGCUGCUAAGCUCACUUGUACACCUCAAACCACGAAACGCCUCCUGAGGUCGUCAGUGACACCAAACUCACAUUAUUUAAACCUGAAUGUUUCCAGUAUUUCAACGACUGUUCAGCCAUCUUAUUGAAUGUUCAGCCAGCUGCUCAUUCGGCGGCUCGCUCAACUUUUUUAACAACAGCCUUUUCUUGUGUUUAUCGGAGAAAAAAAAAACCUGCGCCCAGAUGGAGCUUCAAACAGGGUGAGUUAGGAGGUGGAGAGAGGGCUUGGACAGAACUUUUUCUGGGAUGGUAGGUGUAUGAUUUUGUUCCUGUGUGUGUGUGUGUGUGUGUGUGUGUCUGAGAGAGAGAGAGGAGUGUGUGUCCUGCUUGCCUGCCCUUGUUCUGCUCUCUUGUAAGUGCAGAAGUACUAGAAUAGUGAUAGAUGAUAGAUUAUUCAUGCCUGCCUUGAGUGCCAGAACACGUGAGUGCAAGUUUGGGGGGACAAACGAGUGCAAAAAGCAUGCCACUUUCUAUGUGCGUGAAUGUGUGUGUGUGUGUGUGUGUGUGUUGGGAUAAUAGUUUACCUGCUUGUGAAGUCACUGAAGUCACUAGUUAACCUUAAAUUCACAAUAAGCUAACAGGGUGGGGCUUUGUGUGUAAACGCCCAAAAAAAAAAAUAGUAAAAACACUUGAACAGCACACUGAAUGUGGCCUCCAAACGGGCUGGUAACUGAUGUGAGUGUGGUGAUCCAAAUGAGAGCUGACGUGCAGAGACGGGUGCACAUCUGUGUCUGUGCGUGUGUGUGUGUAUGUGAAAGUGCCUUUUUUUUAAUCCUUGUCUUUUUUGGGGGGGAAGUUGUGAAUCCACUCACGCAUGUCCUGAAACGAAGAGCAGCAGCACUCUGAAUGAAAUAAUCAUAAAGUGUUUAGUAGAUUAACUGAAUUAUGAAUUCUAGCAUUAACCCAUUGUGACAUUGCACUUUGAUGUAUAGGAUCGUGUACUUGGCAUGUAGCAUCAUAACAUGUUGGUGCAUUUUAACUCAAAAAGGGAGGUUUCUUUGAAUGUGUUUCAUAAUAAAGGAAAUGGUUUUUGUCCGUUAGUGUUGCCGUAUUUGAAAAACUGAGCUUCUUAAAGACGAGCUCAUAUAGCCAAAUGGAUUGUAUCAAUGUGUUGUAUUUAUAUAAUAAAUAAAUCGGAAUAAAUUAGAAACCAAGUCAUUAACUGAUGGAACCUUUCUCUAAAUGAAAUGUCGCUAAAUGUUUCGUUUGAACACUCAAUAAACCUCCAGGUGUGUUCUGUAAAAUACCGG